GCCUACAAGUACCUGCGGGAGGAGGUGAAGGUGUUCCUCGGAAAACCAAUCAUGGCGCGCAUCAAGACCAAGCCGUUGGCCGUCAACCCCUUCAUGGCGAAGCCUCUGCCGGCGCUGCCCGAGGCCGGGCUGGUGCCCGCCCAGGCGGCGCCGCCGCCGCCUCCCCCGCCCUGCCCCUGCCAGCGUGACGCCGCUGUUCGCGCAGCAGAUGUACGGCUCGGCGCCGCACCACCAGUACCCCGUGUACGGCACCGCCGUCGGCCCGCCGCCGCCGCCGCACCCACACAUCUGGCCGCCCUCCGCGCACUUCCAGCCGCCCGUGGCUUCCUUCGCCAGCUCGGGGUUCCUCAACGGCUUCACCGGUCCCAUCCUCAUCAAGCCGCGUGGCGGCAUGAACCAGCCAAACGUGCGCAACUAUGCGCCGAGACAGAGGAGCCACAACAACCACAACAAACCGCCGAGCCGCCCUUACGUGAAAGCCGACGGCGGCACGGUGGUGCCGCUGUCGCUCGUGCAGACCGCGCCCCCGGACCGCCGCCCGCCCUACGUCGGCGCUUCCAUCGCCGGCCCCCCGCCUCCUCCUCCGCCUCCUCCUCCUCCCUCCGCCGCCGUCUCCGGGCCGAUGGGCGCCCCCCGCAUCGCUUCGCUGCCGCAGCCGCAGCCACCGCCGCAGUCCGUCUCGGCGUCGGCCGCGCCGUCGCUGCACCGCCCCGCGAUGGCCCGGGACGCCGCGGACGGCGAGAGGCGACCGCCGGCGGAGGCGCCGUUCGAACGGCCGCUGCUGGGCCGGCGCGCCGAGCCCUGGGACGCCACAGCCUACGCCAGGCCUGGGCGAGGGAACUACUUGGAGAGGAGAAAGGACGAGACUGUGAUGGCUCCCCGUCCUCACGCCACAGCCGCCCCUGUGGAGGCCUUGCCGGAACCUCGGGGCCCAGCGGAGGAGGCGACCGAGCGGAAAGACCGGGCGGACGCCCUGGGACCGCCGGCAUCCAUCGCUACCGCCGCCAUCACCGCCACCGCGGCCGUCACCGCGACGCCGACACCUGCCCUCCCGCCAGCCAGGGGCCCGCCCGUGGAGGAGAAGGCCGCGGCGGCCUCGCCGCUGUCCGUGCCCACCGUGACCACGACCCCGCCGCGCCUGCCCUUCUCCCUGCCCUCGGGGCGACUCGACCAGCCAGCGCGCACCACCCCACACGCCGCCGGAGACGCCAAGAUCACGGUGGCGGCGGUGCCACCGCAGCCGGCGCCAGCCAAGCCGGACGAGACCCCCGUCUCCCGGCCCGGCGACACGGGGGCCGCGCCGCCGCCUCCGCCGCCUCCUCCUCCUGCGCCGCUGCUGCUGCUGGCGCCCACGCCGGCCUCGCCGGCGCCCGCCCACCCCCCGCCGGCGCCAGGCCCCCAGUGGGGGGCACGCGAGAUCCCGUCGGCGAUUGCGCCCAGGGAGGAGCCCCGGGGCGGCGCCGGCACGGCCGCUCCUGCGCCGGCCGGGCCGGCUCCGACGGCGUCUCCGCCGGCGCCCGCCCUCGUCGCUCUGAGCAAGCAGCCGGCGCCCGCCGCCUCUGAGGGGAAGAAGCUGAGCUACGCCGACGUGUGCAAGCGGCCGCCCAAGGAGGCCCCGUCAGGCGCGCCGCCGGUGCCGCCGGAGGCCGCCGCCGCCCCUGCUCCGACCCCUUCGGCCACGGCGACGGCAACCGCCGCCGACAAGGGCCCGCACGGCACCCGCGACGACGGCAACGCCGAGAACGGCCCCGCAGCGGCGGCGGCGGCCUCGGGAGCGCACGACUCGGACGGCCUUCCCGUCGAUUCUCCUGGAGGAGGCGAGGGCAGAGCGAGGCAGAGCGGCGGCGCCGGGAUGGACGGCGACCGCGGCGGCGGAAGCCCAACUCAAGGGCGCUACCACCGCGAACCGCGCGGCCGCAAUCCCGGCUGGGGCCGCCGCUACCCGUUCCACCCGCCCGCCCGCUACCCCACGGCCCGCCGCAACUACCCGCGCUACAACGAGCGCUUCGGCGGGCAGCAGCUGCCGGCCGCCGGCGGGGGCGGCAGCGCCGCCACCUCGGGUUCGACCGCGGGCGGCUUCGCCGAUUGACGGGCGCGCAAGCGGCAGAGCGAGAGAGCGGCGGGUGCCGCCACCGGGGGGGGCGAGCGGGGCGGACGUCGCCCGACACCCCCCCCCCCCACCCUCGGCUCGGAUGGUCGACCAUGGGCCGCCCGCCACCACGCGCCUCUCUUCGAACCCGGCAGCCGAUUCCUGCCUCCGUGUGGGGGUGGGCGGGGGUGAGGAGAACUGUAGCCACCCAGGCCUAAGCGGGGUCAGCACUGCCUGGCGCUUUCCUGUUUCCUGCGCCGCCAUCACCUUCUUACGCGUCUUCUUUGCCGAAGCGACAACUUGCCGGCGGCAGCGGCUGCUCUCCGCCCCACCUCCCUGCUGCUGCUGCUGAUGAUGAUGAAUUUCGGGUGGAUUCGAGGAGAAGCUAGGGUUGGAAAAAUACACUUUUGUUGCAUUUUUUUAAAUUUGUAUUCCUUGUUUCCGAUUCAGCUGUAGUAUGGUUGGUGCAUUUCGCACGCUGCGAGGUUGACAAGGGACGAUUGUUUUUGUUGCGCCGCCUCCCAGGAUAGUGUUCGUUUGAUUUGUCUCUUGCGCGUGCAAGGAUCGGAUGACGUUCGUUUUCUUUUCGUUUUUACUCGCGAAGAUCAAUUUGCUCUUGCUUCCUUUUAGCGGUCCCUUUAAGUUUUUAAUGUUCACGUAGAAUCGCUAGGGUGCGCCGAAGUACGGAGAGCAGCAACCUGCGACGAAAACAACAAAACCAACAAAAAACGCUUUGAAAAAAAAUAUAAAAGUAAAAAAAUGUGUACAUAGGACAGCGCUACUGCGGGCCUGUGGAGAAGAAAAAGUGUUUGCCCGAGCAAUGGGAACGGCGAUCGGCACCGCAGAGGUGCAUCGGCUAGCGGAGCGAAUCGCAGCACGUUUUAAUUCUCGUAAAUGUUCUUAGUUGCUUGGGCUAAUGUUCAACACUUUGUUAUAACUUAAAGGAAAAUGUUAUUUUUUUACAUGCGAUGUCGAUUGCAAAAAGAGAGAUGAUUUUAUCGUUUGAUUCAGGAUACUCUUUAAAUUUCUUCGGUUCGAUCGUCCUUUCAUUGCGUGCGUACUUUUAUUUUAGUUUUUUUUGCAUUUCCUUAAGUGCCUUGACCCUUUGUGCGAUCCGUAAGCCGGGGCGGGCGAGGCCGCGACCUUGCCUUCACGUGCAGAUGCCCCGCGGGAAGUUAAAACAAAACAACAAAAAUAUAUAUUGUUAUUAUCAUCAUCAUCUACUUUUCACAUUUUUAUUUUUUAAUGAUUUUUGUUCCUUUCGGCUUGUUAGUUGAAAACAAAAUCAAGUUUUAUUUUUUAAAUCGCUUCCGAACGCGCUAAUUAAUCCGCCUCUCUUCGCGCCUCGCCCAAUCAGUGUGGCCUGUAAUUAUUUUGCUUGUUUUAAUGUUUAAAACGUUAGGCCUGGACGCGACAGCAGAGCCACCUCCUCCGCUUGAGCAGCGUGCCGCCCCUCCCCCCCCCCCCCCCCCCCACAACCUUAACCCCAGCAGCUCGCUCGAGUUUUAUGUGCAAUAACGUGGUGGACAAUCACGCCUGGGGGCGACGCAGCAGCGGGAGAGACGCAAACACGCGCUGGAGACGGGAGGGGCGGGACGCGGGGCAGCCGAACAGCACGGAGCGGAAGAUCUGGUUGCUCGGGUAACUAAGCCAUAACUGGACGUUCUUACUACUUGAAAACCGAAGCAGAGCUGUUGAACCGAUUGGACUCUCGAACAGACCCUCGAUGUAAAUAGGCGAGCGGGCGGGCGUUGUUGGCGAUGUACACGGAGCGCGCGGUGUGAUGCGGUGUUGAGCAGGCUGCUGCAACUUGCCUUAGAUUGCUUCGGCUUUGGCUCCCCAACAGAGUUUGGGGGGGGGUGGCCAGGAUUUAUCGACCGGCCUGGAUGUCGCGGUGGAAGCGUUAAACAAAUCCACCUCUGUCCUUGACGCGUGGCAGCGGCCGUAGCUCUAACCCUCGCGCUGGCGUUGACGCGAACGCUCGUAGGCCCCACCGCCACCUUACACCGGAUGCUCUCCAGGACCCUCCAGUGUAUGCCUGGCUGUAAUAUCCUGACCCUGCCAUGACUUUAACCGCAAACCCGAACACUAACAGCGUCACGCGCGAGUGUGGGCCAGCGACCCGGUGCACUCUGACCUCCCCCUCCCACCCCUGAGAGCGGUGAUCCUCGUCACGGCCACAAGACGGGCGUCGGCGUUCCGCUGUAACGACGUGGCGCUGUAACGACAUUGUGUGCGCGCUGUCUUGCCGGUGUUGUCGUUGCUGUUGUGCGCGGUGUGGAGAGAGAGCACGAAUGAGCGUGCAAGUAAGAGUGACGUUGGGUUUAAGGAUUGCCUGAGAGGAGGGUGUCCUGGAAGCGCGUAUGGCAGAGCUUUAGCGUCGGGGAAACGGUCGUGUGUGUCAUUUAAAUUUCUUAGCUACUCGAAACUUUCUAAUCAAUUAUCCGGCAAAAGCACCUGGCGGGGACCUCGCCUUGCAUGUCGAUCGUCGCCGGUUGAUCCUAGCCCCUCGGCAAGUGCCGCUUGACGUGCUGGCGUACCGCCGCCGGGCUCGCCGUGACCCACCAGGCCGAACAAGGAUCCCCUUGCGAGUCGCCCCGUCGUCUCGCUUCUCUGCCCCCCCCCCCCCCCGCUGACCGUCGGCGGCUCUGCAACCGACGCGAAGAGCCGCCGACGCCGCUGUGGCUUCCGAGGUUUCGACGCGAUCUCUCUCGGCCGUUUGUGCCGGGAACGCCGCUGCGACGGCGCAGUUUAGGUUGGUGGAGUGGGAAGCGGGGGG